UUUGAAAUUUCAGUUUUGACAAGAUGGGUAAAGGCUCGUUGUUCGUAGUGGAUACUUUUUUAUGCUCAAAAGCUCUUGCAGUCCUCAGUAUUGCCACCUCGUUAUCUGGUUUAGUUGUAUUUAUUCUUGGCAUAUGGAUAUAUGUUAAGGAAGGCCGAAUUAGAAAUUUUGUUAUAGAAGCUACUUCAAGCAAUCAAGUAGGCGUCGAUUUGAUCGAAGCACUUGGCAAACUUCCGAUAGGUUUGAUAGUUAUCGGAGUCGUAGUUUUCUUUUGUGGACUCAUCACGUGCUGUACGUCUCAAAGAAAAGGAAGAAUUUUUAUCCCAUUGAACACUAUUUUGUUAAGCGCGCUCUUUCUUGGAGUCUUGAUUAUAUCCAUUAUUCUCUAUGUUGUUCCGAAAUUGAUUCAAGAUAAUUCCACUUGGCAAGAGUCAUUUGAACUCAAUGUAUGGGUUCCAUCCGCGAGAGAAGAUCCUUCCUAUGUCUAUCAGGUAGAGCAAGAGUUUUCUUGUGCGGGUUUUAACGACGGAAACUGUGCUACCAAAUGUUCAACGCCACCUAGCAACACUUAUUCGAGUUCCUAUGCAUGUUAUUUUAACUGUCCGGGUUUAUCAAGUGAAACCAACUCUAGUACCUUUCCCGAGAAGCAGCAAGCCUCUAAAUUUGAAACUUCACAUGAAGCUACAGGAUGUUUUCAGGCUAUCAUUCAAGAACUUGUAAGCCACAGUAAAGACAUUAUCAUAGGCGGAGGAGUCGUAGCUGGUGUUCUAUUCUGCCAAAUAAUCUUAUCAUUUUAUCUCUUUUGCUGCUCUUGUUGUGGUGUUUGAUUUCAUUUCAUUAUCUCAAACAAUCUGAUAUUCAAGAUGCACAAAAUGUGUAUGGUUUACUAGUACAGGUUAUUAUUUUGAACUGGAGAAACUGGUACAAAGUGCUUUUCUCUCCCUGAUACCUUUCUUGUUGGGAUAUCCAUUUGUUCAAUGGAAGAACCUUUGCCUCAUUCCUCGAGAAACAAUUCUUUCACCUGCAAGAAAUUGAUGGUUUUGGGUCAUUUUCCGAAUGAAGUUAGUUCUUUUAUUAUUGUGCAUUCUUCUUUUCAUGAAGUUCUCUCCUGCUUCAAGUAGAUAUUGAUUGAGUCGUUAGAAAGGAAUGUAGGAUAUAUAUAUAUAUGUCCGCGACUAAAUCAUCUGACAAAUACCAACAUAUGUGAAUAGAGGAUAGAAUAUUAUAGUAACUACGCUGAAUUUGUCAAAUAAACGAUAUUUGUCUAUU